AGUAGUUAGCAAGGAAGAAGAAGUAGGGAAAAUGAUGGGGACGUCUGACUCUUCUGUCCUCACAUCCGUUGUUUCAGAUGUCACCGCUAUCAUUUCUGACAUCGAUGGCACACUUGCUCAUUAUGCAAAAACACUCGUAAAGCUCGGGUACGAAAGACUUGAAUCUGAGCCGCCGUAUUGGAGACAAGACGAUAAAAGGAAUGAAGACGAGAUUGACAGACUUUUGUGGGAAUGCUAUCCUCAGUCUUAUCGUAACGAACGGUUUUCCUCCAUUCCGUACCAGUAUUGGCGGCACAAAGAGUCCUGCCACGUAGUCAAAACAUACGAGCUUUACAAUCUCUCUUUGACCGGCGCCAUCAUUUCGGAGAACACUGUUUUACUCAUGGAACUCCUGCAGUGCAAGUCGCUACUCUAUUGGGGCCUGGAAGUAUCCACGCUGCACAUGCAGUCGAGUAACGCGACGGCACGUAAGCCUGUUGUGUGCUGCUUAAUUACGGGAGCUCGUACCUCAACUUUUAUCCGCCGCCGCCACGGAGGCUCGCUGCCGCAAACUGUAUUUGAAUCAUGUGAAGGCGGGUCCAAACUCUGGGACCGCCUUGUGAACACUUCUGAAUGGUUUAAAGACGAAACAAAAGAGCUUCCGGAUAAUGCAAAAACGGGCAAUAAGCUGCCUUUUUACCCUCCGGACUCUAAUGAUGUACCAAUGGACGUUGAGUGGACAAACAACUUCAGCGGAGUUACCGGCUUUCACGCAGACAGGUCCGGUGAAGAGAACCAACGCCUGAGCGAGGGAAAAACAACCAUUUGGAGCCUGGAGGCAGAACUCAUCGAAGCGGGGUUCGCCACAGACCACGAUCAUUACGAUACUUCUUUUCUCAUUGACAUUCGCAACAGCCCUUGUGUUCGAUCUUCUCCAUCCUAUGAGCCCUCUACCGCCACGCAGUUUCCGAUGCUCUUUGACGACACAGAAGAGGCAGAAAAAUACGUGAUGGCUAAGUUUAGGGAAACAUACAACGACCUUUUCGAUGUCGAGCUUUUCAUGAACCUUGGAAAAGGCCAAGUGAACGCUAGAGGAGGCGGAAAGCGCGGGGUGAUGCUGCACGUGCUAGAAAAGGCGGCCUUGAUGGACUGUGAAGCAAAUGGUAGGUCUGAAGCCAACGAGAAACGAUUUUCGGUAGAGCACACCGUUGCCCUCUUCGAUGACGAAAAUGACCUGCAGUUUGCAGAGCUGUGCGGAGCUGGUAUUCUUCCUUCCGUUGCUCACGAGGAGGUGUUGUCACACAAGCAGUGGCGCUGCGAUCCGAGAGAACGCAGAUGGUUCCGUCCCCCAGUCGAAGGUCCGUUAGGUUCCGAGUGGGCGUUGAAACAAAUUGUUUUGUUUAAGCGCCAAGGAGCUGUAUCUUAG